CGCCAUUCCCAAUUUUCACCUCUCUGUUUGUAGAAGAACCCAAUUGAGAAAGAGAGAGGGAGAGGAGAUCAGUGAACAGGGGAAAGAUGAAGCUCUGGGUGAUGCAGCAGACCUGGAACAACCGCCGGAACAACUUCAGACCAAAUGGUCUUCUAGACUCUGGAAUUGAUGGUCCCUACAAAUCGCCGUCGGCUCUCUUCUGGUUAGUCCUCCAUGGCCUCUUCUGUCUCUUCAGCCUCGUAAUGGGUUUCAGAUUUUCUCGUCUCAUCAUCUUUCUCCUCUUCUCCACUACCAACAAUAAUAUCUCCUCCAUAACAAACCACCUCUACAACACGACUUUCACCUCCACCACAACCAAUGUCGCCGAGGGCCUCACCUCACAGACCCUGCCUACGCUUCAGAAUCCAGACACUCCUUUCAAUGAGACAACCCAUAUUAACACCGGCAGCCACAUCGUUGUUGGUCGUCAUGGGAUCCUUGUCCGUCCCUGGCCUCACCCGGAUCCCGUUGAGGUCAUGAAAGCUCAUCGUAUUUUGGAGAGAGUUCAGAGCGGACAGCGGCUUCAAUAUGGGAUUAAGAACCCAAGACCAUUGAUUGUUAUCACACCGACCUACGUCCGCACCUUCCAAACCCUUCAUCUCACAGGCCUAAUGCAUUCGCUGAUGCUUGCUCCCUAUAAUCUCACCUGGAUAGUCGUUGAAGCCGGAGGACCUACUACUGAGACAGCUUCUCUUCUCGCCAAGUGCGGUUGUCGAACUAUCCACAUCGGUUUUGAUGAACGGAUGCCAAUUUCCUGGGAGGAUCGCCAUCAAAUGGAAGCUCGAAUGCGGCUUCGUGCCCUGAGAGUUGUCAGGGACCAGAGCUUGGAUGGAAUUGUGGUGUUUGGGGAUGAUAGUAAUAUGCAUAGCAGGGAGUUAUUCGAUGAAAUCCAAUCUGUAAAAUGGUUUGGUGCUGUUUCAGUUGGAAUUCUUGCUCAUUCCGGGAACCCAGAUGAGUCUUUGACUCAGAAGCAGAAUGAUGAGAACUCACCUUUGCCUGUUCAAGGCCCUGCUUGUGACUCAUCUGGAAAUUUGGUCGGUUGGCACACAUUCAAUCCCCUGACUUCUGAUGAGAAGAGUGCCACUUACAUUGGUGACAGCGCAACAGUGCUGCCUAGGAAGCUAGAAUGGGCUGGGUUCGUUCUGAAUUCCAGGUUGGUCUGGAAGGAAGCAGAGGAUAAGCCAGAUUGGGUUAAGGAUCUAGAUACACUGGAGAGGAAUGGGGGUGACCUUGAGAGUCCUUUGUCUCUUUUGAAGGAUGCUUCCAUUGUGGAGCCUCUGGGUACUUGUGGGCGCAAAGUUCUGCUGUGGUGGCUUCGAGUUGAAGCUCGUGUGGAUGGCAGGUUCCCUCCUGGAUGGAUAAUUGAUUCUCCUUUGGAGAUUACUGUGCCUGCAAAGCAUACACCUUGGCCAGAGACACCUCUGAAACUCCCAUCUGAUGAAAAAGUUGGUGGCACCCAAGAGCACAUGGUGAAGCAUACUGGUAAAACUGGUAAAGUUUCCAAGUCAAAACAUGGCCGCCGUAAGAGGUAGCAUGAAUCAAGGAUAGGAGAUGCACAGGUUUCCCAGAGGCAGACUGAAAAGAAGUGAAGCCCGCUUAGUAGGAACAUCCAAGAAGACUGUGUUACAUGAGGUUAAGACCACAGCUCUUCUGCUUCGCAACAAUCUAUAGAGAGGUGGUUUUGCUGGUUAUUUUAUUUAUUGGAAGGCAUUUCUUAUAGUUGGCCACUUGAUUUUAUCACUUCAGCUUUGGUUUCAUCUAGUUCGACUGUUCUUUCCUUUCAUUUGGUUGCUUUGAUAUUCUGGCCUUUCGAAGGAGGUGGGUUGACCAACAUCUACUGCAUCCCCUGAUCCACAGAAACUUUGAGUCAAUAUGCCGAAAAUUUUCUCCAUGACUCUUGAAAUAGGAAAUCUUUGUUUCUGCUCAGUGCGAAAUUCUUUUUAGAAAUGAUCCCAAAUGUAAUAAAAAGUUGUUACUUUUUGGCAAUAUGCUUGGAAUUUUAUACAGAACUCUGAAAUAGAAAAUCUUUGUUUCUGUUCAGUGCAGAAUUCAUACCAAUUGUAAUAAAAUUGUUUUCUUACA